GUUCGUUUCGCUCCUCCUUUUUUUUCUGAACCCUGGGAAUAAACUGUCGACUCAGGGACUUCUCCUCAACAAAGCUAAAAAACGAGUGCAAUUGCGUCUGAGUGUAAAUAGUAGAAGGCGGGGCACACCACGCACACAUCAUUCAAGAAACAAUGUUGCUACGCAAAAAAACCCGGGCGUCGAUCUGGACACACACCUGCUUAGCCAAAAGCUCCGUCGUGUGAUUGGGCUGCAGUUGCUUUUCGUUUUGGUUUGGAUAGUUCUUCCGAGGAGGUGGAAGACCGUUCAAAAUGUGGUUGGACGUGCGCCCGGCUGUUUUCGAAUUAAGAGGACGAAAGACGAGACGCAGAAAUUCAUCUCGACGAGGUUCAGACGGGGUGGAACAAAUAACGAAAAUGGUAGGCGGUUCCGGGUUGACCACGACCACCUCUCGCAUCAUGACCACGGCAAUCAUGGCCUUCUUUUGUUCUUCGUCUUCCAAGUUCCAGCUUUCCCUGUGCGCAGGAACUGUCGCACCAUGUCGUGUAGCGAACUUUUUUGCCGUGCUCCAGCGUUUGAUGUUGAUCGUGUUCUUUUUACCAAUAGCCACGUACCUUCAACAAGUCGCCCACGCCGCAGAGCCCAUCGCCCCGGUGAGAGCCCCCACCGACUGCUGGGCCGGGGGUUGGACCCCGGAAAUCUGCUGCAGCAGCCCCGGCGCCCAGGGGAAUCCGCUGUGCUGGGAUCACAUCUAUACCUACGAAAAGUGCUGCACGGACACGAUCGAGGGACAGAGGUUUCAUAUCCAGGAAAAAAACUGUGUGAGUGUAAGUUUCUUGGAGGAAUAGCAUCACAAGUUUGCUCUGCAUGACACAGAAAAUCUGUCAUGCGGAGCUAGUACUUGAAAACACGUACGAAAGUAGCCUCUGAUGCAUGUCCAGGUCCAGCAUGACGAGUGUAUAACAGUUUUGCAUUUUCUGCAACACAAAGCUUACACUUACACAGUUUUUUUCUUGGAUAUUUCACCAUCAGCGCUUACUCUUCAUCGAAGACAUGGUGGCCCGCGGCGCUAAGGUCGACUUUGAGAUUCGGCAAAUCGAAGGGACUAUCAAAUGUAAAAAUGUCUGGGUCUGGAAGAUUUUGAGACUUGUCAUGCAUGUUUUGCAUGACCCAGGAUGUCUGUAAUGCACGACCGCGCAUCACAGAUUUUGAGCGGGCUUCCUGAUGCCUACUCCGCAUGACAAACGCCCUCCCCGCGUAGCACAAACUAGACUCCUCUUGCUGGUCAUGCAAUACAGAUUUUUCUAGAGUCCAAAGGUAGCAUCACAUGUUCCAAUCUUCCAGACCCAGACAUUUUUACAUUUGAUAGGGACCGGCCGGAGCGGGGCGGUGAACGCAGCAAAUACUGCGAUGAAGAGAUCAACAGCUAGUAGGAGCAGUAUUGCGGGAGCAGGUGGAUCAACAAAAACUACAGGCUCUAAAACUGGCCGAAUAAGUGGUUCAUCUCUCGAUGCUGGUGUUGGAUCAAGCGACCACUCAGGUGGAGCAUCUACUUCGCUAGGAACAAACGAACUCGCGACGGUUCCCCGGGGGCAAGAAAUUCUUCGGGUGCCGGUGAAUCAGACCUACGGGUUGCGGGACUUGCCGCCCGCGCUGACGAAAGGGUUUGAGGAGAUCAUAUCUGCAUCUUCCUCUCCGAUGGUCGUACAAAAGAAUAACGAGGAAUCAUCUUCUCCUUCCCCCACGACGUGCGACGCGCACGCGAUGUUGGCGCUCGGACUGGUAGACGAGGAACAGAAGGGGGAGCGGUCCCGGUUCUUCAAGUGGAUCCAGCUGCUGCCGAAAAAUUUUGCGAACGUUUUGUGGUUUUCGGAGGACCAACGCACCUUGGUGAACCAGACCUUUUUCAACUACAUUUUAAACGAUUGGGACACGCAAAUCGAGUGCAUGGAGCAGGUGUACAAAAAAGUCUACGGCGCGGCGAAGUUCCAGAAGAAAGCCGACAAGGCCCGCAUUCGCUUCACGCUGAAGUGGGCCUUCAGCAUCGUGAAAACGCGCGGAUUUGCGUUUGACACCAGCAGAAACUCCACGCUGUUGAUACCGCUCGCGGACUUUUUGAACCACCACCCCAAAGCCAACGUGCGGACGCCCGACCCGUUGCCGGACGCGACGAGCGAAGAAAAGCAGCAGGGGGCGGUGGGGGAAUUUAUCUCCUUCCGGGCCUCGUCUGACAUCGCGGCCGGGGAAGAGAUGUGCAUAGAAUAUUCGCAGGCGAGUAAUCUCGAGUUCAUGAUUCGCUACGGGUUCAAGGUAUAAUUGCAGCUGAUUUCAGCUUUCUUGCCUGUCAAAACCAGAACUAGUGGAGCGUUAGAAACAGUUGUAACAGAACCAAUAAGCUGAAACCGAAACGAAAAGGAGUCUCAUGCGCGAAGAUCUCCUUUGGCAACGAACUGUUUUUUCCAAUGAUACAUCAUGAUCAUCAACAGGUCGAAGAUAAUCCGUACGGGGCCAGGCACUUUGAACUUUCCGGAGAGGUAUGAAAUCGAAAUCGCAGUGUCUGAAAGCGGUCAUCGGAGCAGCUACCGGGCAGCAAUAUUUAGAUUUACCUAUAGCCAGACCGAGAACAAACUGAAACUAUGCAGAUGAAGCGCUUUUUCGCAUAAAGAGGAACAAAACUGAUGCUAUUUCUAACGACCUAAGAGUAUAGUCCAAAAAGAACUUCUGCGGAAAUCUCUGCUCACGUUGCUGCAAUAAAGAUCGCACAUGUAAAUCAUGCAGUUCCUUUCCCCUUUCAUAUUCCCCGUUGCAGUCCUACUGCCCGCCGAUAAUACUCCGCUACGACUUACCAGAAGUUGUCGCGAACGCAACGGUGGAUUGCCAUCGCCAGGCGAGGUACUUGGCAUUUGAGCAGGCACAACCGAGCGCGAGCGCAAUUCAUCAAGUCCCACCGCAGGGCGGAAUAUGAACUGCAAAAGUAUCGUACUCGUAUAAAUGCAUUACAAAUUUUCUCAGCAUGAGAAAUAAAAUUUGUCAUGCUGAUUUACUUUGAGAAAAAAAUUUGUAAUGCAAGACUUGCAUUUAUAUGAAUACGAUGCUUUUGCACAGGAUACGGAAAAAAAAUCACCGAUUCGGACAAGCUGCAACAGUAUCAACUGUAAAAAUGUCUGGGUCUGGAAACUUGUGAUGCUGGGUGGCGUCUCAUGAUGAGGCUACAAAUGCUGGCUCAGCAUGACAAGUUUUUGAGCUUCUAGGUGUUGCCUAUUCUGCAUGACAAACUGCGUUUCUGCAUCACAGAAAAGUGGGGCUCUUGGGUAACGUGCAUGACAGACUUAAGAGUCAUGCCAGACAAGCAUGACAAACAUGCAUUCUUCCAGACCCAGACAUUUUUACUCUUGAUAAACAGGAUAUUCAAAUCUACAACGCGAUACAGAACGCGUGCCUGGAUCUUAUGGGGUUCUCAAACGUUACAUUCUCAACUGUUACAUGAAUUUGUAAUGCAAGAACACCAACAACCGAAGCGGCAAGAUUGCUGCUUUCGCAUCACAGAUUUGGCACAGAUUUACGUCCUGUUCGGCCCUUCGUAGAUUUGUCAUGCGUAGCCACUUGAUCAUCUGGCGGCUUAAGGUAGUUUUACAUGACAAAUUCGUGUAGCAAUUGAGUAGAAUGUAACAGUUCAGAGCCUCAUAGACCUGUACAAGGAGCUGGAGACGCCGAAGAACCAACCGAAGUUGGUCCACUACGAAAAGUACUCCAACGACCCGGUGACACACGCACUCGUGCACGAAAUUCGCAACGAGCUAUGCUAGUGGACGAUUGGACGUGCUGCUGCCCUUGAUGUUGGCCUCAUUUGUGAUGGGAAAUACCAAAUCCUGAUCGGAUACACACUUGGUAACUGAAAAAGAGGAAGUCAAGAUAAGAGGACUACGUACUGUCUUCGGUUUCUGCUGUUGUUUCUGUUGCUGCUUAUCUAGCUAUACAAAUGAGAUACUUGUUAAGUAAAAGAGGGGAAGUCCUUGUCCACUAGCAUACGAGCGCAAACUCGCCCAGAAGUGCGUCGACGAGUUCUACGCGCGGAAAAUUCGACACGAUCUCGUCGCACCGGUUAUCAAAAUGACAAAUCCCCCCUUCCCACAUCAAAACGAAAUUUCUGAUGCUGGAUUUGCGUACACAAAUCAGAUUUGUCUUGUAGUAGAGGACUGCAGGACCAUAUCAUGCCAAUGUAGAGAGGUCGUGGCCUAGGCACUUAGCAUGAGGAACGUCUAUGCUGUAGGCCCAACAGCAUCACAAACCGCCUGCAUAAUGGAGCGAAGCCUAUGCCGUUGCUUUCUUGCAAGACAGACGCGAUUCGUGGUCAGAAAUCAGCAUCGCAAAUUCUCUGAGGCGUGCCUUUUCGAUAUGGGGAGGGGGGAUUUUUCCUUACGAUACCGGUGAACACGGAUACGGUGGAAAUCGCGACACGGAUCGCGACCGAGAUCUUGGGGAAGUAUUCGAGGACGAGGGGGAGCGGGGGCGGCGGAGAGGUGGCACUCGAUGGAGAGCUCCCGGGGGAUGAGCUGUGAUAAUGAAAAUGCAGUUAAUCAUGAUAAGUCUUCUACGUAUCAUAAACCCUAAACCCGGUUUAUAUUUUAAAGACGGUUUUGGCCAAGACGAAGACAAAGGAAGUGAGGAAGCUGAAGGAGCAAACAAGUAUCCGUCGAAAGUACACUCGAGAAUAAAAU